GCAAAUUUUUUAAGGAGUUUAACUCCUAGAUUUGAUCAUGUUGUGGCUGCACUUGAGGUGUCGAAAUACUUGUUGACUAUUUCAUUUGAUGAAUUAAUGGGUUCUUUACAAUUUCAUGAGGAAAGAAUAAACAAGUAGGCAGAAAAGCAGGAAGAAAAAGCAUAUCAAUUGAAGGCGGAGGCAUCAAAUUCAAGAGAACAUGAUAAGACAGCAAUAGGAAGAGGACAAGGCAGAGAUGCAUUUCAUGGAAAUAGCCGAGGUCGAGACCGGGGCAGAGGCUUUCAACAAUGGCACUCCUAUGAGCAAAGAGGCAAUUGAAGCAACACACAAUGUCAUCAUUGCAUGAAGUUCGGGCAUAUGCAAGCAUAUAUUGCUGGUACAAGGAGAAACAAUUGAAUUAUGCCGAGACAACUAAUGAAGAAAGCAUGAAGCCAAUCUUCAAAGAGCUUGACACGACACAAAACACGAUUUUCAAUCUUGGUGAUAACAACAACCUUCAAGUUGAAGGAAAGGGAACAGUAGGAAUCAGAAACAGUCAUGGUGAAGUAAAGCUUCUACCUGAUGUUCAAUUUGUUCCUAGUUUGGUACACAAUUUAUUGAGUGUUGUACAACUAAUGGCUAGCGGAUAUUUUUGUUUAUGAUGGAGCAUUCGUUAUUAAAGAUAAAAAAUAAGGUCAAAUGAUGGUUCACAUGGCUGAAAACAAAAUGUUUCCAUUAGAAGUUUCAAUGUGGAAACUUUUGCUUUUGUUACUGGUGUAAAAAAUAACUCUGAGUUGUGACAUUUGAGGUACGACCAUCUUAAUUUCAAGGGGAUAAAUUUGUUAGGACAAAAAGGUAUGGUCAUUGGAUUACUAAAAAUUAAUUCUUUUGAUUCGUGCAAGGGUUUCAUUUAUGUGAAGCAAAGUAGAAAUUCAUUUCUUGUCGGAAAGGCUUGGAGAAUUUCUUCUUGCUUUAGUCCAAUGAAUACUGAAUCUUUUAGUGGGAGUCGAUAUUUUUUUUACUCAUCACAGAUGGUUUCAGCCGCAUAAGCUGGGUGUAUUUUCUGAAAUACGAAUCAGAAGUUUUUAAGCAUUUCAGAAAAUACAAAGCUUUGGUGGAGAAUCAGACUGGGUUGCGCAUAAAAACUCUUCGAACGGACAGAGGUGGUGAGUUCUUAUCUAAUGAAUUUAUCUAUUUUUGUGAAGAAAAUGGAAUUCUCAGGGAACUUACAACACCUUACUCGCCGGAGCAAAAUAGGGUAGCUGAAAACAAGAAUUUUACUUGAAGAUGGCAAGAAGCUUACUGAAAGGAAAGGGACUUCCAAAAUACUGGGCAGAAGCAGUUGCAACCUCAAUGUAUCUGCUGAACCUAUCUCCUACAAAGGUCGUGAUGAAUCAAACGCCAUAUGAAGCUAGGAAGGGUAUAAGACCUUUGGUAAGCCACUUAAGAAUUUUUGGGUGUACUGCUUAUGCUUUGGUUAACUCUCAAACUCGUCAAAAACUAGAUGAAAAAUCACAAAAAUAUAUUUUCAUCGGUUAUUAUCUUGAAUCCAAAGCAUAUAGGUUAUAUAAUCCUCUUAGUGGCAAAAUGAUAAUUAGCAGAAAUGUUGUAUUUGAUGAAAAAUCAAGCUGGAAUUGGAGUGAAAAACAAGUACAACAGGAGAUUUCAAUACCCAUUGAGGACUCUCCAGAUGAAAGACAAGAGUCUGCCCCAAAUGCACUUAGAGCAACAAUUGCACUAGAGAAAUCUGAGGCACUUGAAGAGCCUUCAACUGAGCAAAUUCCGCUAAGAAGAUCAACAAGAGUAAGAAAAUCAAAUCCUAGAUAUUCUAAUGCAUUUUGUCAAUUUGCUUUAUUGUUUCAUAUCCUAUAUCUUAUGAAGAAGCAAUCGGAAAUGAAGAGUGGAAGCAUGCGAUGAAGGAAGAACUGAUGGCAAUUCAGAGUAAUGAAACUUUGUCAAAUGAAAAGAAUAUUUUUGGCCUAAAGUGGAUAUUCAAAACAAAGUAUCAUGUAGAUGGAAGUGUACAACAGCACAAGGCAAGGCUUGUCGCAACGGGAUACUCGCAGCACCAUGGUAUCAAUUUUGAAGAAACUUUUUCUCCUAUUACUCGAUUUGAAACAGUAAGAACAACUUUAGCAUUAGCUGCUUAAUUGAACUGGUCACUUUAUCAACUUGAUGUUAAGUCAGCACUCUUGAAUGGUGAGGUGGAAGAGGAGGUUUAUGUUGCUCAACCUGAAGGUUUUGAAAUCAAUGGCCAAGAGGAAAUGGUGUACAAGUUGAAGAAGGCACUUUAUGGUUGAAACAAGCGCCACGCGCCUGGUAUAGCAAAAUUAAUUCCUAUUUUUUGCAAAUUUGAAAGGAACGAAAGUGAGCCUACUCUCUACUUGAGGAAGCGAGGUAACAAUGAUAUUCUAGUUGUAUGUCUCUAUGUUGAUGAUAUAAUUUAUAUAGGAUCAUCUCACUCUGUUGUAGCUGAAUUUAAAUCUAGUAUGAUGAGUAGAUUUGAGAUGAAAAAUUUGGGUUUGUUGCAUUACUUUCUUGGACUUGAGGUGAAACAAGGAGAAAAUGGAGUAUUUGUUUCUCAAAAAAAUAUGCUUCAGACCUUCUUAAAAGAUUUGGCCUCGUUAAUUGCAAAUUUGCUGCAACACCCAUGAAUCUGAAUGAAAAAUUGCAGCAGGACGAUGGUGCUGAACGAGCCAAUGCAAGAAGUUUUAGAAUUCUAGUUGGAGGUUUGAUUUAUUUGUCUCAUACUCGUCCAGAUAUUUCAUACUCUUUUAGUGUCGUUUCAAGGUUUAUGAGCAAUCCAUCGACGCAUCAAGUUGGAGCUGCAAAAAGAAUUUUACACUAUGUUGCUGGAACACUCGAAUAUGAUAUUUGGUAUCCUCACGUUUCAGCUUUUAGGUUAUUAGGCUUUACUGACAGUGAUUGGGCAGACUCGAUGGGUCAUAAGAAGAGUAUUUUAGGCAACGUUUUCAGUCUUGGAUCAGGUGCAAUAACAUGGAGUUCGGAGAAACAAGUAACAACGACAUUGUCGUCUUCAGAGGCAGAGUAUGUCGCAGCAACUUCUGCAGCUUGUCAAUGCAUUUGGCUUAGGAGAAUUUUGGCUGAUCUCUACCAGAAGCAAGAGAAGGCAACUGAUAUUUUUUGUGACAACAAAUCCUCAAUUGCAAUGACUAAGAAUCCUGCAUUUCAUGGAAGAACAAAGCACAUUGAUAGUUGCUUCCACUUUAUUCGUGAGCUGGUGGAGAAAGAAGAUAUCAUAUUGAAGUUUUGCAACACCAAUGAACAAGUAGUAGAUAUAUUAACAAAAGCACUGCCAUAUCAGAAUCACGUCUACUUCAGAUCAUUGCUUGGUGUUAGCGAAUUUGAAUCAAGAGGGAAUGUUGAAUAAGUGAUUCAAAAAGAAAGAGAGAAAAAAGUUACUGCAGCUUUUUUAGUAUUUUUUUUUUACUGUUUUUUGACUUAGUCUAAGUUAGUUAUUAUUUGGUCCUUCAAAUUUUGAUUUCAGUUGUAAUGCAUGACAGAUUUAGUGCCAAUAUUUUCUCCAUAUCUAAUGCAUUUUAGCUGAGAUGUAAUGCCUAUUUAAAGGCUUCUCUGGUGAAGAAUAAAAGUAUCCAUUGCAAUAUCACAA